UACUCGAUCAGUAGCUCGCCGGCUAGAAAGCAGCUCAUAGCUCUGAGGAUAUAUUCAUAUCUUGCUCACGUAGUUUAUUUUAACAAACCAAUCCCCUAUCACCAUGGCUGAUUUUUCCGGAAAGAAGUACAAGCUUAGCACCAGCGAAAACUUCGAGGAAUUUAUGAAGGCUUUGGGUGUCGGUAUGGUGACCCGUAAGAUGGGAAACACCAUCAGCCCGACCAUAGAGCUGAUCGAAGAAGAGGGGGGUAAAUUCAAAUUGAAGACCACUAGCACCUUCAAGAACUCUGAAAUUCAGUUCACCAUCGGCGAAGAGUUUGACGAGGAGACGAUCGAUGGACGUAAGGUCAAGAGCGUGAUCACUCGCGAUGGAAAUAAAUUCCAUCAGAUCCAGAAGGGAGAUAAACUGGAGACCACAAUUGACAGGGAGUUCACACCUACGGAAAUGACUGCUAUCAUGAAGGUUGGAGAUAUCGUUUGUACGAGGGUCUACAAGGUCGUGGAAUAAAUCAAAUUAUAAGACACAGGCCAUAUUUCGACCAUUCUCGAUUCCGUGGAUUCCUAUUUUCAUGAAAGUGCGUUGUAAUUGUUAAAUGUUAUCAGUAUUUAAAAAAAAAAAAAUACUGAUACACUUAAGAUACACCGAUAUAUUAUGAAACUCGUCAAAACUCUUUGAAAUCAUUCGCACAAAGGAUGUAGUAAUGAAAAAUGUUCACUGAAACUGUGAUACAGUGUUCGUACAUAUAUACUACGUAAUAUACGUACUACCCGUUGUAUAUGUUGAUUUGCAGAGUUUGAUAUUUUUCUAAUUUUUCCUAACGUACUAAUCGAAAUGUUCCAAGGAACUUUAUCAAAUAAAGUUUAUUAUUUAAAAUAA